GGUAGUGCUGACGAAGGAUUAGAGGUAGUGUUUGUCUGAGUUCAGUUUAAGAAGUGAAAAAUUAGAAAUGUGUACCUGGCGCAUAUAGUUAAAUAGGAGCCAGAGUCCCCGUUCCCUAUGGCUGUGUAUGAUGAGAACAUCCUGAAGAACCCUUUCUACCUUGCUCUGGAGAAGCAGCGGCCGGACCUGUGCAGCAGAGUCGCAGAAUUCCAUGGCAUUGUGCUGGUACCAUGCCAGGCAAGUCUGCCCAUCAGUGCCUAUUCCCCAGCCCAGUUUGAUGGCUACGUACUGCAGCCAGUGGAAGGGGGAUAUCAAACCCUGGAUGGAAAGGAGAUAGUCAUUCAAGACAGCCUAGUGAAAUUGGGGACAGGGUUCCAGUCUCCUGCCACUGUGCCCAUUCUGUUUGAGGAAACCUUCUACAAUGAGAAGGAGCAGAGCUACAGCAUCCUCUGUAUUGCUCGCCCCAUUGAAACCGACCAAAGCCUGGUGGAGGUGGCCCCCACACCUGUGCCAUAUUGCCUAAAGAAUGUGGAGGAUGCCAAGGAGUUCCUGGGCCGCCAUGCCGAAAAACUGGACAAGUUCAUUACCGCCUUCUGUCACUCCUUUAAAGAGCAGGAAAGGAAGGGACUCCGGCACCACAUUGACUCUGUGAAUGCACUUUACACAAAAUGUCUUCAGUGCUUACUGAGAGAUUCACGCCUGAAAGUACUGGCCAAGCAGGAGUUACAGAUGACUCUUCUCAAGCAAGCUGUGGAGAUGUACAUACAUCAUGGUAUCCAUGAUUUCCUCUUUAAGUACGUGGGAACUAUUGAAGCAAGUCAGGAUGCAACUUUCAAUAAAAUCACAAGAAGUCUGCAGGAUCUGCAGCAGAAGGACUUGGGUGUUAAAUCAGAAUUCAGCAUCAACAUCCCGAGGGCGAAGAGGGAGCUCAGCCAGCUGAACCGCUGCACCUCCCCCCAGCACAAGCUGCUGUGCCUGCGCAAGGUAGCGCUCACCAUCAUGCAGUCCCCCAGCCGCACAGUGAACAUAGAGGCCAUGUGUGCUGAUGAUCUUCUCUCUGUCCUCUUGUAUUUGCUGGUGAAAACCGAAAUACCAAAUUGGAUGGCCAAUCUGAGCUACAUAAAGAACUUCCACUUCUGCCACUCUGCCAAGGAUGAACUCAGCUACUGUCUGACGUCUUUUGAGGCAGCUGUGGAAUACAUCAGCCAGGGCAAUCUCAGCCAGGACCCAACGGGGACCGGCGAACUGAAUGACAAGGUGUUUCUCAGACAGAAGAUGAACCUGCUCUCACAGAAUGCUGCUACCCCUAUUGACUGUCUGUUCGAGCACAUUGCCAAUGGGAGCGAGGCUGAGGUGCGGCGCCUGCUGAGUGAAGGUGAGAGUGAGGAGGAUGCGGCCAAGAUGUGCCACCCGCUGUGCUCCUGUGACCACUGCGAGCGCCGCCUGUCUGGGAAGCUGAAUGACCCCUCCAUAGUCACUCCCUUCUCCCGAGAUGACAGGGGCUACACACCGCUCCAUGUUGCUGCUCUCUGUGGUCAGUCCCUGUUGAUCGAUCUGCUAGUCUCUAAGGGAGCUCUGGUUAACGCCACUGACUACCAUGCCUUCACACCCCUGCACCUCUCCUGCCAGAAGGGAUAUCAGGGUGUCACGCUGUUGCUCCUGCACUACCAGGCGAGCACAGAGAUGCAGGACAACAACGGGAACACCCCCCUGCACCUGGCAUGCAUGUACGGACAUGAAGAUUGUGUGAAGGCCCUGGUGUACUAUGACUUGCAUUCUUGCCGUCUGGACAUCCAGAAUGACAAGGGGGACACACCAUUGCACAUUGCAGCCCGCUGGGGCUAUGAAGGCAUCAUCGAGGUGCUGCUGGAGAAUGGGGCAAGCACCACGCUUCACAACAGGGCCAAAGACACACCUCUCCAAUGUGCCCUCAACUCCAAAAUUCUAGCCCUGCUGGAGCUGACACACAACGGUUCCCACAGGCGAGGAAGCCCUGGGGAGUCUCCAAGCAGGUCUCCCCAGCCCCCAGGCAGGUCCCCCCAGCCUUCAGGUGACUCCAAUAGCCGCCGCUCCUCCGUGUCCAGCACUUCCUCCCUGAACACUGACGUGAGGCCCGAGAGCGACAGGGUGCGCCACAAAGAGGUGGAGAAGCUGCUGCGUGCUGUCGCAGAUGGUGAUGUGGAAAUGGUGCGCUACCUGCUGGAAUGGCUGGAUGAGGAGCCCGAGGAUGAGGAGGCGGGGCCCCCGCUGCAGACAGAGUUCUGUCACCCACUGUGCCAGUGUCCGCGCUGUGAGCCCAUGCAGAAGAAGCUGGCCAGCUCGCAGACAAGUGGGCUGAGUGUGAACAGCAGCUCUGCGGAUGGCUUCACCCCGCUGCACGUGGCAGCCCUGCAUGGACACUCAGCCCUGGUCUCCCUUCUCAUCCGCCAUGGGGCCAGCAUCAAUGCUCGCAACAGCCAGAGCGCCACUCCGCUGCACCUGGCCUGCCAAAACAGCCACGUACAGGUGGUGACAUCAUUACUGGAGUGCAAUGCUAAACUAAAUAAGAAGGACCAGUAUGGCAACACUCCCCUAAUCCACGCCUGUCUUAGAGGACACCUGGACACAGCUGCCGUCCUACUCAAGAGCAGUGCCUCUGUCAACAUUGCCAACAACCAGGGCAACACGGCCCUGCAUGAGGCAGUGAGGGGGGGUCACCAGGCCUUGGUGGAGCUGCUGCUACAGGCUGGGGCCUUGGUUCACCUGAGGAACAAGAGGCAGAGGACAGCCCUGGACUGCGCUCAGGAGAUGGGGGGGAAGAAUGCAGAGAUUGUGAGGAUUCUUCAGAAAGCAUCAGGCCUUUGUCCGGAGAGCAGCCCUGUGGCACUGCUCUCUGCACCGAGGGAAGCUCUGAAGAGGCAAUCAUUUGUGCAGAGGCUGAAAGCCCUGGAUGAUCCUCACAGCAGACGACGGGAGCUGGCCCAGCCCAUUCACCGAGUCCAACAGUUCAAGAAGGCCAUACCGAGGGACAUGACUGUGUCUUCCUUUGACUCUGUGAAUCUCAGCCAGUCCCCUGUCAGUAGGCCUGAGCGAGGAAAACUGAGGCGAGGGGAGACGCUGGAAAGGAGCGGCCCCUUUGCUCCACCCCAAGACCUGGUGGACGGGCCCAAGACAAAGGAGAGAUCAGGCCCUCGCAACAAGACCCUGAACCGCCGCCACACGGUCGUUGUGGAUGGCUCCCCAACAAAGCAGGGGACGGUCCAGGAGGACUGCCCAGGAAAAGCAGACAGCACAAACCCUACCGACCUGUCAGACUCCCACCAACUCAACGGAGACAAUGGGGAAAACACCCACCAAUUCUAUUCAGAACAGGACAGCCAGGCCAAGAGCAGCAGUAUAGAAGUCAUAACCCAGGAAAUGGCAGAUCUAGUGUCAAAAACAUUGUGAGAGUUGCGUAAAGGUGAGGUGUGAGAAGCAGCAUUUCAGGGCAGGUUUGGUCUAAUGCCCAGCUCUCAAAGCUGUUCAGAAGGACUUAGUAUUAUUUGCCUUUUUCUAAGCACUUUCUUUCACGUAUAUCAUAUCUGGCCUUUACAAAAAAAGGGAUGUGGGACUUCAGCUCUUUCUGACCUCUGGUGUUUUCAGUAUGGUUUUGUUGAUGAUUUUCUCCCCAUAGCAGAAACAGAGAGGGGUGUGUGAUUGUGUGUGAGCGUGCAUAUAUGUGUGAGCGUGCAUAUAUGUGUGUGUGUGUGUGUGUGUGUGUGGUGAUGACAUUUGAACACUCUGUGAGCCUACUCUCACACCUUUACCUAAUGUAGGGACUUAACGGUCUUAAUUUGCAGAUAUAGUUAUUUAGUUUUUUAAAAGGUCUUUCAAUUAGAGAAGCAUUCCAAGAAGACCUCAGGGUAUGACUUCAAAGAAAUACUAGCAACAGUAGUACUAUGUGCUGCAUGUGUGGCCCUUCAGCAGCUUUGAAUGCCCUCCACCCUCACCCAGCAAAGAAACCUAGGAACUAAUAGGAAAUUACAAUGAGAAAUUGUAACAGGGUAUAAAUGUUGUAAUAAUUUCUCUAGCAUUGGCACAUAGGGCCAUUGUCCAUUGCUGAACUCUGCAGUCCUGCACAGUAUGCAGUUAAGGCUGUGAGAACACACAAUCAAUGUAUUACAGUAACCUUUUUUAUAUGUAGCAACUUGUCAGACCAGAACAUCAACAUUUAAAAUCGUGGCUGCCUAGUCCAUUUUAGUUUAAUUCUGCCUUGAACUGGCUAUUUAAUUUUUAGAGCCACGGUAGUGCUUCUGAAGUACCAUACAAAAUACUAUAUUAUAAUGAGCAUCAAUUCAGAACACACCACAGAAAAACAACUGUGCUCAGUGAUGUAGUAUUCCAGAGUGAUGCUAAAUGGCUGGGUAGGUAGACACCAGAAAGAAGAGACAAGGUGGACAGGGUUCAUGCUGAAGGCUGAUUUGACACAGCCACUGUGUUCUCAGUGAAUUCACAGGGUGGCAGCUUUGUCUUAAUGUUUCUCCAUUAUGUAUUACAAAUGAAAGAGGAACCAAGCAUAUGUCUUCCUCUUCUGAUUGAGUCUGUCACUCUUCAUCUUAUUCCUGCCUUCAGCAAGCUAUGCAGCUAAGCCAGGCACUUUACAGUCAAGCUUAUUUUUCUCUAGUAUGAAGGCCAUUCUGAUGCUAUGAAAUGGUGCAACAUAUCUCUUGAGACAGUUAUUUUGUGUUCAGAGGAAAACAGUGCAUCAUUUUGCCAUUUUUUUUUAAAUA